GUCUCCAUGGUAACAGUUCUAAACAAGGCAAGAGAAUUGUGUAGCGUCCACAGUUUAAACUGAAGCUGCAGGUCAGAAACAUGCCGAAAAAAAAAAUGAAGAAAGCAGGAAAGAAGGGGAAAGGAAAAGUGAAGAAGGAAAAUAAUACGGAUGGGGAAUGUGAUACUGAGAGAGCUAAAGCUAAUGCAGCUCUGUGGGAGGCUCGCUUGGAGCUAACGGAAAGCUCGCGGGUGGAAUAUCGUGAAGCUGCACGUAGACUGGCUUGGGCAAAUGAAGAGCUCACAAACCAGCAAUACAGAGCUGAGAAGGACACUACUGACAUCAUUGCAUUUCUGAAAAAGAAAGAACUUGAGAAAGAAGCACAGAUUGCUGCAUUGGAAGAACAGCUAAAAAAUGAGAAAUCAAAAGCCCUACAGGACAAGCAGUUUUUAGUUGCAGAGUAUACCAUGAAGAUUAAUGAGCUGGAAGAAAAGUUUAAGAAGAGAUCCAGAGAUUUUUCGAUGAUACAGGGGGAACUCAAAAACAUCAAGGAGUUCCGCAAAAAGAAAGCUCAAAUGGAACAAGAGUUGAUCACUAUGAAAGAGAGCAUGUACAUUGCUAACUGUGAACACAAGGAGAGUCUUGCUAGAAUGGAGCAUAAAUUUUUCAUUGAAAAGGUUCGUUUAGAAAAGGAAGCUGAGCAGAGAAUUUCCCAGCUAGCAGAGAAAGCCCACAAUGAGGCAAUUGUACAACUGGAUAAUGUGUCUCGCUCCGUGUUUAAGGAGAAUGUGCGUUUGAAUGAGGCACUUGGAUAUCAUUUGAAAGAGGCAGAAGAGCUAAAACGGAGCAAUAAGGCCCUGACAGAGGAGAAUGCUUCUCUCACCCUUGAUAAGGAGACCAAAAAGCUAAUGAUAACAGACAAUGUGGCCCAGCUUGCAGCCCAGCAAAGUGAGAUCUCUGAGCUAAGGGCCAAAGUAGCCACUUUGGAGCAGAAGCUGGCCCUCAUGGUAAACGAGUGUGAGCAGGAAAAGAUGGCAAUGCAGGAAAAAUCUUUAGUUACUGCUCAGACUAGCAUGGUAGAGCUCGAGAAACUGCAGAAACUGCUCGCCAUGCGUGAACGUGAGAUGAGCCGAGUAAAGCGGCUCGCACACAGCAUCGUGGAACAGCGCACCCAGCUUGAGCUAUUUUUCCAUGAGGCUCUGGCUCAUGUUAAGCAGGAAAUCAUAACCAGCCAGAUACAUUACAGACAAGAAGCAAAGGAGGCUUAUCAGAAAUGGAUGAGUGAAGCACGGAGAGGUAAAAAGGACUAUCCUCACAUACGUACCUUUAACAAAGCUCCACACAGCACCAACAAUGUCUAUACUGAUUUGGAAGAGGCUGAAAGGUGGAGCAACCUGCAGACCUCAAAAGUGGACAUUUCUGAUCUGACGUGGGAGCAGAAAGAGCGAGUGCUGCGGCUGCUCUUUGCUAAAAUAAAUGGUCUGAAAACAAGGAGACCAGUGCAGCUUCCAGUUCAGGCACCAUCCUCAGAGAGAGACCGAAAUGACCAGAAUCCUGAAUUUAGAGAAGAAGAAUCUUCAAUGGCUUUUAUUACCCAAGCAUCUGUCACAGACAUGGCAUCCAACCCUAGUGGCCUGCUAUAACUACAAAGACCCUGAACCUCAUUCACAAUAUCCCGCUACACCACAUAAUCAGGAGAGACAUCUUUACUGAGAAGCAUCCAUGUUCUAGAAAGAAACAGUAUUUCCUAAACAUAUGAAGUAUUUAUUCUUUGUGUGAAUUAAAUAAAAGCAUUGCUUACAUCUAGGCAUAAAUACAAACUUUGUCCAUUUCUAUAUUGGACAUAAUAUAGCAACUGCAUUUAGUUGCUGUGUACCUGUACUAUGCAAUGACAAUAAAGUUCUAUCUAUCCAUCUGUCUGUUUACUCUAGAUUUUUAUAUACC